AUGGCGCUCGUCAACAACGUUUCUAUUCGCGAAGGAAACAAGACGGCGAACACCCCGGGCGCGCAGAACUCCGGAAGUCUGCCCGGGGCAACCACGCGUCGUGCGAAACGCCCUGCCGAGGAGGCACGCGAGGACCUCGCCACUGGCGUCGAAGUCCUGUUUGGCACGACCUCCUCGGCGCCUUCUGAGGAGCUUCCUGCCGCGCGCGCUGCUUCCAAGCAGCCGCGCGACAUGGCGAAAAAGACAGCCGCUGACGCGGCUGUCAUCAUCGCUUCGGCCGGCCAGGCCGGCCCCUCUGGCGCACGCGACAAGGAGCACGCGCCAGCGGCACCCUCGGCACCCUCGGCCCCUGCUGACGUCAGCCCCCUUGCCUUGACCACUGCGCAGGUCCAGGCACUGCUGGCGAUGUUACAGCAGCAAGCACAUGUAACUGCGGGGACUUCUAACAAUGACGAAGUUACAGCAUCUGCAAAAAAUAACAAGAAGGAAGAAAAUGUCGUCGCCCCUCGCCCGCCUAAGGCCGCUCGCGUCGAGAAGAACCCCACUCCGGCCCCCGCCGACGAAGACAGCGACGAGUCCGACGAUGCUGCUGGUGAGGCUCCUCGCUGCCGCAAUCCAAUUUUUUCCAAUGCCCCUCGCCCCACACUCCCCUCGCUCGCUCCCUCAACCGCAACUACCACUUUCAACCGCAAGGGUAUGCGUGAUCAGGCAGAGGUUUUCUCUACCAUCCAAGCCCACCUCAGGCUCAUGGAGCUCCAGCUGCAGCAGGGUGACGCGGAAGGAGCGCUCGCCAACGUCACUCAAAUCGAAACGCUCAUUAACAAGCGCUUCGAGGUGCUCUUGGUGGCGUACGAGGCGGGUUUUGAAACGGCCGACCGCUUCCAGCUCUACCAAUCGAAGAGCGUGCUCACCUCCCGCUCCUACAAGCUAGCCGUGGCAGAUGUGGCAGCAUCGAUGCGUGCCCGCAUGAGCUAUAAUCGCACCCCCGGGCACAUGGCAAACGCCUGCCCCAUGGGGGGGCGCGGCGGAGAAGGCCCCACACCCGUGGUGUGA